CUCAAUUUAUAUCUUUAUAACCAGAUAUUGUUAUAUUCGAGGGGUAACUCAAUUUAUAUCUUUAUAACCAGAUAUUGUUAUAUUCGAGGGGUAACUCAAUUUAUAUCUUUAUAACCAGAUAUUGUUAUAUUCGAGGGGUAACUCAAUUUAUAUCUUUAUAACCAGAUAUUGUUAUAUUCGAGAGGUAACCAAUUGGACAACAAGUGUUGGGACCACAGCAACAGCAUCGUUAUAAGUGAUGUCAUUAUAAGGGAGGAGUUUACUACACACUGCAUGAACUUGAUCUGUAAAUGACCUUAACUAUCAAUAUUGAUAAAAUUUUAGAUACUGUAUGAGUAUAAAUGUACCUGAAUUUACUGUGGUCAACAACAGAUGAAAGUAGUGGGCAUUAUUGUUUAUUUUGUCAAAUAUGAUUGAUCAAUUUUAUGUUGAUUAUAGUGUAUUAUUCUGUAUAAUUAGGUUGCAGUUGGAAAUGUUUGCAUGUGAUGAAGGAUAAAGUGGUAGUGUUUGCUCAUCCUCUAUUACCUGGUAGUCCAAAUAGGAUGAGUCAGCUUAUGAAAAUGUUAAAUAGAAAGAGACAGUCAAUGGGGCAAGGAGUUAGUAUUAGCAGUUACUUCAAGAAAAUUCCACCUAACACAAUGUCACAAAAUGUUUCCAGCUUGCAUUCAACAGUGCCAGAAUCAUCUAUGUGUUAUACUGACUCCUCUCCCCAAAAUUCUCAGGAAAUGGAUUUGCUAAAAGAAGCACCAAUUGAAGGACACAGGAGCAAAAUCAAGAACAUAUUAAAGAAAGGUGAGGUUGGAUUUUCAAGAAAACAUAGGAAAAAAAAUCUAAAUUUGAGAGUUGAGCAGUUAGGUGAAGGUGCUAGUGAGUGCAUAAAAACUGAUGAAACUUUAGUGAAUGAUAAACAUUGUCAGCAAGAUAAACAGUCUUUAAUAAUAGAAAAUGUUAAUGAAAACAUACCAGUCAUAGAAAAAUUAGAUGAAUUUUAUGGAAGAGAUGUCGAAAUUAACGAAAUUUGUAAGAGCGAAAAGAGUGAAGAGUACUCUGAAAAGUCAUUAAUAUUAGGAGAUGUUCAAAUUAGUUCAGUAAACAUAAACUGUGAUGAGGUAAAACACGGAAAUUCUAUAUUUAUAACCAAUAAAGAACAAAUAAUUGACUAUAAAACAGAAAAAAAUUGGCUCCAACCUAAGAGAGGUCUAUGUUUGACUAGUGUGUCUGAUUCUGGAGAUGAAAUGUUGUAUAAACAAUCAGAUGUUCUAUCUAAUUCCUUGGAUGAACUGCUGGCACUUCCAUCAACAAAUACUGUAACAAUAGAAACUGACCAAAUAUCAAAUAAACCAGACAUGGAAAUUGUUGACACUAAUUUGCAGUCAUGCGAGGCAGAUAAAGACUCUGAUUUAGUCACAGAUUCACCAAAAUUUGGAAGAAAAAACCCAGAAGUAGAAACAGACAUAAAAUCUGGUUGUAGCUCAAUGAAGCAAUUGAAAGAUGAAGGAAAAAUCAUUAACUUAAAUGAAAAAGUUUUGAAACAUGAGGAUUUGAAUUCUACUUUGAAGAAACAUAAUACAGUAUAUAAACGCAAGAUAAAAAGAAAAUUUCCAACAUUUUCAUCAGAUUCUGAUUCUGAUACAAACUUACCACUAAAAAAGGUGAAAACAAACUGUGAAAAGUUUGUUAAUUUCGAAAACAUGAAAAGUAGUUCAACAAAAAAACAGUUAUCAAAGCCUUUCUUUUCCUCUAGUGAAGGUAAAGCUCAGCCAACAAUUUCCUUUUUCAUGUCUCAUAAUAAAAAACAUUCAACAAGAAACCAAUCAGUAAGAGAUGGUGUGAGUGUAGGAAUAGAGGACACGGACACAGUAAUUUCUCCUAAAGUGAAGAAUGAAAUAGAUAGUCAACUGAUGAAUGAAAUACAAACAAUAAGCUCAGUUGGAAAUUUAAAUGAAGAGCAACUACAGUACCUUACAAGAAGCAAUGAGAAGUACCUUAGAGCUAUUUUUGAAGGAAAAGCUUCCUCUGAAAGGCAUCAAGAGUUUAAAAAAGGAGGAAAAAGUAGAAGGGACCUAAAUUACAGCUCUAGACUUUGUCAGUAUUCAGAAGAACAAGUGGACACAGUUAUGGAAUGUCUAAUGGCCAUGUUUUGUAAAAGACAUCAUAAGGUAAACUGUAUUUGGAUUACAUAUUGAAAGUGUUACUGCCAGAGAUGUUGAUAAAGGUACAUAUGGAUGUUCAUGGUACAGGACAUGCAGAGAGUGAGGAAAUCAUUGCAUCUAAACCAAAGAAAAGUCUAUAACAACAAUUUAGUGGGAAUUGUAUCAUGAUUAUUCUCUUCCAUGAAUAUUGUCCCUGUUUAUCUUACCAUAAUCCUAUAGUAACAGUGCAUUCUCCUACAGUUUCUCCAUGUUAAUUUAUUUAUUUGCAGAAAUCUUCCAUAUUUGGUAGAUAGAUAACUUGAAUUCUCCUCUAAGUAUUUUAGUGAAGUGCUAAAAAUAAAUUUAUACAGCCUUUAUGUAUUGACUGAUGUCUUUUACUUUUGGUAGGUAAAUGCUUUGGAUAGUCCUUUACCUUUAGAAAGUGGUCACUAGGCUAAAGGUCAAGCUCAUUGGUGCUAAAAAUAGAUCUUUAUGCCACCAUAAUUUUAUGAUUUACCCGUGUGUGUGUGUGUGUGUGUUUAUAUAGGUUAUUUAUUGAACUUACAAAUCUUUUUAAAAACAACUAAUCCGAUUCUUGUGUUAGGGGAUAAA